UUUCAUCAUCAGUCAGUAAUCGGGAGCAAAAAUUUUACCAGUGAAAGUUUUAAUCAAAAAUCCUAGUGAAAAAGUGAAUUGCCACCUAAAAUCUACUAAAAUUGUAGAUACUUUGAUGGUUAUUGUUUGUGGCACUAAAAUGUUUUACAGUUUUUGCUAAACAGCUGUGUUUUUUCGUACCAAGUGAUCCAGCUCGUCUCCUGGAAUACAUUUUUCGUCAUUGAGACUCGAGCAAAAGCCCCUUGAAGAAAAAAAGGAAUCGAAGCCCCAAAAUAAGCGAAAAUGAGCUCAUCGCAUUGGGAAGAUUUCUAUGCCACCCAUCUGCCGCCGAACUGCUUCGAGGACAAUCGAUCCCUGCUGAAGGAAUUCUGCGAUCGACAUCUGAAGCAGAAGAGUAACAUCGUGCUCAUUACGUCCGGUGGUACGACAGUUCCGCUUGAGCACAACACGGUACGUUUUGUGGACAAUUUUAGUGCCGGAAAUCGAGGCUCGGCUUCGGCUGAGUAUUUCAUUGAGCAUGGUUAUGCGGUCAUUUUUAUGUAUCGUACAAAAUCGCUGGAACCCUUCACUCGACACUUUUCCGGCCAGCAGUUGUUGGAUAUGCUUGAAUUGCAUGAAGAAGGCAUGAGCACUACUAUAACAGUAAAACCGGAUUCAGUGGAUGUUCUUGCGCCGAUUUUGGACAAGUAUAAAAACGCUCAGGAAACCAACCGAAUGCUCUACAUUACAUUUACUAGUGUGGUCGACUAUAUGUGGCUCCUAAGGGCGGCUUGUGAGUGUUUGGCCGCCUUCGAACGAGAUGCUGUGCUGUAUCUGGCAGCUGCUGUUUCUGACUUUUACGUUCCCCAGGACGAGAUGCCCACACACAAGAUUCAAUCCGGACACGGUGCCCCGACCAUUUCGCUGCAAUUGGUUCCGAAAAUGUUGGCUCCUCUGGUUAGCUUGUGGGUACCCCUGGCUUAUGUUGUUUCUUUCAAGCUGGAAACAGACGAAAAUAUUCUGAUUGCAAAGUCCCGAGAAAGUUUGAAUAAAUACAAACAUAGGCUAGUGAUUGCCAACAUUUUGCAGACCCGUAAAAAUCGGGUAGUUUUUGUAACACCAAACAAAGCCUACGACGUUUUGCUGUCGAAGGAACAAGCCCACAAGGGUCAAGAGAUUGAAGAACAGAUCGUAGCGGAUGUGGUCGAGCGACAUCAGGAAUUCAUCCGGGAGGGCGAAAUGCAACAGCAACAAUGACCCUUACGGUCGCCGAGGUCCCACACGGCCGGCGCGAGUAGUGGAUUUUCUCAGCAACAUAAUCAACAAGACCAACAACAGCAGCAACAUCGACAACACCAGGCUCAGCAUCAACAUUCCCACCAGCACGGGGACUGCCGGGUUACGAUGCCACACUUUUGCAAGGUGCUUAAUCCUGGGCGAAAGUAUUAAUGUUCGCAUUUUGUUUGGAAGUACAAUUAACGAGCUGUUUUGGCAAGAUGAUGGAUUUGAACCAAGGAACUUCGUUAAAUUUGGAGAGUGAAGAAAAUUUAUCAAGUUUUUUUGACGUAGAUGGCAUUUCAUUGUUGGUAAAGUAUUUGAUGCCACAAACUAAGGUUAACGUGAUUGUCUGAUAUCUAUACAAUGGCUGUUUAUGUGACGUAUUGUGGCGAUUAAUGAUAACGGUAUCUGUUGUAGACAUUACUGAUUUGUUUCAAAUAAUGGUGUAGGUAGUUUCCAAUGAAACUAAUGGUCCUAUGAAUGUUACUAUUGGUUAGUUUAUUAACAAAAUUUCUUGAUCAUAGAAUUUACAUACAAAAGCAAAAAGACUCUAGUACUGUUUAAUCACUUAAUCGAAUUGUUCAUCAGUUAGCACACUUCCGGGAUGUCGGAUAAAAAAUCAAUGAUGUUUUGUUUUGUUUUUUCUUAAGAAAUGGUUAUUGAAAAUCUACUUGGCGGGAAGACUUCUAAGGCAUGAAAACCUCAACGCUCGGACAACAGUAACUGUUCUCUGUUCUUCGAUCAUUGAGGCCGUUGAGCCGACUAUAAUUUAUUUCUUCAACCGCGUGACACCAAAUUCUAGUAAAUUACAAAACUGUUGUGUGAUAUAAACUUCAACUGUCAGAAAGCCAAAAAUCUGUUUCUUUUGAAUGAUCUACCGUGAAAGAAGCUUUAAAAAAGGAGCUGGUUAGCCCUAUUUGGAAUCAUAUUCUAUUUCGUUUAAGUUUUCAAUUGCACGCAUCAAACGAGCACCAAUGCAUGAACUAAGAUUUGUUUACUUAGGUUGAACUGUUAUUUUAAAAGAAUAGCGACUGCUUUAAAAAUAAAAUAAUACAAAAAUAUAUAAUGUUGGAAGUAAUAACCCAAAUUUAAAAACGCAUCUAAUAAAAGAUAUAAAACAUAUUCUAACGUUUAAACUAGACUACAAUCAAUAAAGUAGAGCAUUCCGAUAAAAAAAAUAAUUUUGAACAAUCCAGAUGGUACUCUAUAACUAUGUUUUCCUAAUUAAACUGAACUUAGCAUAAAUAUUAAACCCUUUUGAUAUUUCUAUUUUCCUCUAGUCUGAUUAUUUAGAUUCCUACUCUGUAAUGUUUGUCCAAGUGUUGAAAACUACCAAGUCUGCCUAACCAGAUAAUCAUAGAUCUUUGGAUCCUAGGAUCUUGAAGGCUUUCUAGCAAACAUCCUAUUAGUUACCACAAAAUUUAAAUUAAUCAAAAAAAAACAAAGCUGACAAGUUAUCAUCAGAUUCACGAGUUGGCUUGUAACCAUACAUUCACGUGUGAACUCUGAUCUAAGAUCCUAACUGGUUUUCGGAACAUAAUAAACAAAGCGUUUCUUUUUAUGACAUAUCACAGAUUAGAAGCAGAAACGACCAAGAAUUAAAAAAAACAAGAAAAGUGGGCACAUCUAUUUAAUAGAAACAAAACUGAUUUGAUUACUAAAGAUUUGCGGUAGUGCAACAUGAAAUAAUAUUCUAACCCAAGAUGUACUAAAACACCGAAUAGAAUGAACCCAGAGUAACUAAAAUUAUACACCUACAUAAUCGAAGACUACAACUACUCAUAGCAAAAUGAUAGAUCUUAUCGAAAACCACGCAGAGGAAUGCUAACUACCAAACCAAAUCAAACAAUAUUAGAUCAAAAUUAAGCAGCAAAUGUACCACACAAACAACCAACCCACGAAACAGUAUAGAAACAUUGAUACUUAUUUGUGAAAACCGCAUUUGUAUAGAGAAAAGACACGGUUUAGCAAACCAACAAAAGCAACCAACUGCAACUGUUACUAGAAGGUCCUAUACACCAAACGUAGAUCAAGAUGCUACUUAACCAAGAGAGGAAAGAACAUUGUUAGAGCCUAUAAUAGUGUUAAACCCGAGAAAUAACAAAACCGUAAUCAAGUAGCUUGAUGAAAUGCUAGCAGAGUCGAUACAGGAUUUAAACUUUAAACAUACCUAUUCUAGGGCAAAUGCGAAACGCAUGUAACAGGAAAAUAGAAGAAAAGUAUCGAUUAUAAUGAAAAAUACUAAUACAACAAUACUGGAUAACCAACCCUCCUCCCAGAAACGUGGCUGAAAAUGUAUUGCCUUGGAUAUGUAGAUGAAA